AGUUCAUCUGCGAAGAAUUGCCAUGCUUUCGACAUUCGGUAGCCAUCUUUCUUUUUUGGUAAAUUCUGACAAAGUGAGAAGAAGCCUACACAAUGCAGUUAUUCGUGCGUGGUUUAGAAAACAUCGAAACGUUGGAGGUUCGACCAGAUAUAACAAUCGGCGCGGUGAAGAAUGAAAUCGCCCAACUUCAUGGCUUUAAUAUCGAAGAAAUCGUUCUCAAUUGUGAAGGCAGUGCUCUAAGUGAUGAAGUCCCUGUCACAGCCCUAUCAUCAUUCGAAUUAGAUAUUACUUUGCCGAUGUUAGGUGGUAAAGUGCAUGGGUCUCUAGCACGUGCCGGCAAGGUAAAAGGUCAAACCCCGAAGGUAGAGAAGCAAGAAAAGAAAAAGAAGAAGACUGGUCGUGCCAAAAGACGCAUACAAUACAAUCGGCGUUUCGUCAACAUUGUGCCUGCAUUUGGUCGCCGUCGUGGCCCUAAUGCAAAUUCUUCAUAAGUGGAGUACGAUACCUUUGGU